UCUCCCCUAUUUAAACCACUCCAUUAUUCUUACCAAAAAACAAAAUGGGAUACUCCAAUAUUGCCUUAAUUGUUUGUUUCAUUACCUUUGCUAUAUUUCCCUCAAUAUCCCAAGCUCAAAAUUCUCCCCAAGAUUAUCUUAACGCUCACAAUGCAGCUCGUAGACAAGUUGGUGUCGGCCCUAUGAGAUGGGACAAUAGGCUAGCAGCCUUUGCCCAAAAUUAUGCCAAUAAAAGAGCUGGGGACUGCAGGAUGCAACACUCUGGUGGCCCUUAUGGCGAAAACCUAGCCGCCGCUUUCCCUCAGCUCAACGCGGCUGGUGCCGUGAAGAUGUGGGUCGAUGAGAAGCAAUGGUACAAUUAUAAUUCGAAUACAUGUCAAGCUGGUAAAGUAUGUGGACACUAUACUCAGGUGGUGUGGCGUAACUCGGUACGUCUUGGUUGUGCUAGGGUCAGGUGCAACAACGGGUGGUAUUUUAUAACUUGCAAUUAUGAUCCACGUGGUAAUAUGAACGGUCAACGUCCAUACGGUGAUCUUGAGCACCAACCAGACUUUGAUUCCAAGUUGGAACUUCCAAUUGAUGUCUGAAUAAAUUAACCUUCAUUUGUUUAGGAAAAUAAAUCCAUGUUAUAAUCUAAUGGCGCAGUAACUGGAGUUUAUAGGAAAAUAAGGGUCCGUAUGGAUCGAUCGUUUAAAUGAUUACUUGUUGGUUUAUUUUUAUUGUUAUUCUUGUUUUAAGGUUUGGGGUUUUCUGUUGUACAUGUGUACCUGUUUAACUUAAUAAAUAAAAUGUGUAAAGUUGAUGAGUGAA